AUGGGCCAAUUCUUCUCCACCCCCAACCCCCUCCUCACACCUCCCCGAUCAUCAACAACACCACCUCCCCACCCCUUCCUCCCCACCCUCGCCCUCGCAACGGCGUAUCUACACCGUGCCGCUCUCACACAAGACUCCCAAGCCUGGACCUCUUUCAGCAGAAUCCUCUUCUCCCCAACCGACCAUCAACAUGCCUUCCACCAACCACAACAUCACCUACCACCACAAACCUCUAUCGCAGACGACGUGAUGCAAGCCGAGAGAUGGCUGCUUGUCGCUAGGAAAGAACUGGCGAAGAGACCGAUCGUGGAUGCAGAGGAGUUGUUUGAGGAUGAGUUGACAGAGUACUUUGAGAGGAAAUGGGAGCAAGUUUUUGAUGUUUUGUCAGGUGUAGUUGAGUUGGAUAUAAUGGGAGAACGAAGUGAUGAUGAGCUGCUGAAGAUGCAUGAUUGGUGA